GGCCUAAAGCAAAAGCCCAAUACAUUGAGUCAAUUAUGCGUAUCUCCAUUCUCAAGCUUUCUCUACACUGUAAAUUCCGCCAUUAUCGUUAGGGUUUAAGAGCUCCUACACUAUCUUCUUCUUCUUCUUCACCAAAACCUUUUGUUAAACCCUAACACCAUGACAACAUUAAACCCUGUCACUUCCAAAACAAACCAAAUUCAUAAACAGUUUCAUCAUCUUCAUCGUCCAAUUUAUGCUAAACCCAUUUCUUGUCUCUCCUUCAAAACCUCACCUCCACCAUUUUACCCUUCUUCUUCUUCUUCUUCACAAAAUUCUAAAAUCCCAAAACCCCUUAUCCCUCAAAUCCCUAACGAACAACCCCAUAACCCAUUUUCAUUCGUUAAGCCAACGCUAAUUGCUACAAUUACGGCCACUACCCUUGUAUUCGCAAGAUUCUUUGUGUUUCCGAAACCUGUACUUGCUAACCAAGCUUUUACUCCGUCGUCGGCUAUGGAAACUGAUUUAAGGGAUGCAGUUUCAGAGGAGGAAAGGGAAAGAGCAAUUGAAGAACAUCUGGUUACACACCCGGAUGAUGUGGAAGCUUUAAGGAAUUUGAUGGAAAUUCGGAUAAAGAACAAGAAAAUGCUUGAUGCUAUUAGCAUUAUCGAUAGGUUGAUUGAACUCGAACCGAAUGAGACAGAAUGGCCAUUGUUGAAAUCCCAUUUGUAUGUGAACUUUGGGGAGAUUGAAUUGGCUAAAGUUGGGUUCAAUGAAAUAUUAAAGAAAGACCCUUUUCGCGUCGAGGCUUAUCAUGGAUUGGUUAUGGCAGCUUCACAAGAUGAUUCGAUUGAGGAAUUGAUGGAAAUCGAGAAGAAGGUUGAGGAAGGGAUUAAAUUGUGUAAGAAGGAGAAUAAAAAGAGUGACUUGAGGGAUUUUAAGCUAUUGCUUGCACAAAUUCGGGUGAUCGAAGGGAAAUAUGAUGAUGCUUUGAAGGUUUAUCAGGAGUUGGUUAAAGAUGAGCCUAGGGAUUUCAGGCCUUACUUGUGUCAAGGAAUAAUAUACACAUUAUUGAGGAAAAACAAGGAGGCUGAGAAGUGUUUUGAGAAGUAUCGAAGACUUGUACCACAAGGGCAUCCUUAUGCUAGGUAUUUCGAUGAGAACAUGAUUGCAACGAAGGUUUUUGCACAGAGGGCGGAGAAUGAGAGAGCUAGCUCAAAAGGUUGAACAGAAUAAGGCUUUGGUUCUGUUGAGGUAUGAUGGAAAAUGUUUUACUCUAUCUGUUACUAGUUACAUAAUUGUUUUAGCUUACUAGAUGUUUCGAUUAAGUUUGUCUGGUUUGCAUAGGUUUAUUGUUAUAUGAGUUGUGAAGUAGCAAUUUGUUUCGGGAAAGGAAUUCUUUUUUGUAUGUCAGAAGGGAAUUGGUGCUAAGGCUCUUGAAUUUUCAGCAGGUAAUUGAAUCGAACGACAUGAUAUCAUAGUUCAUUUAAUCAAGAAUGGAAGUGAGAACAAUGCUUUGUGAUUUUGUCUUCAA